UACAGUGAGCGAGGAGGUCUUGACUGGAUGUCACAAAGAUGCACCACAACCAACACUGAGGUGAAGCAGCUGCAGCCAGACACUCUGUACAGGUUCAGGGUGGCAGCAGUGACCAGUCGAGGUGUCGGCAACUGGACCGAAGAGAAAUCCAUCACCCCUAAGAAAGCUCUGCCUCCGCCCUCCGUCAUCGCCGACAGCCUCACCGGCGACUCCAUGAGCCUUUCAUUCAGCUUCAACUCGCAGUACGAGGUGAAACAGUACAUAGUGAUUCUGUCCUGGCAGUUUGACACCCACGUCAAGGAGAGCAAGAACUACACCGUCACAGAGAGGAUCCUCAAAGCCACAAACCUGACGGCGGGGACGGUGUACGAGGUGGCCGUGUGGGCUCACACCAGUAUAGGAGACAGUCCCACCGCCCUGUCCCAUCAUCAGACCACCGGCACUCAGCCGGAGCGGCCCCUCCUCAAAACCCGAGCUCUCAACCAGACAGCUGUGGACUGCAGCUGGAGCGCCAGCAAACCUCCUGCUCAGGUACAACAGCUGCACAUCUACACCCAUCGAUCC